AUGCCGGCGGGGCCUACCGAUUGGAGCGACGAGGGGGAGAAAGGAGGUGGUGCGUCUAGGGGAGCGAAGGACGCGAGUGCGGCGUUCGGGGAUCGUGGGGAGCGGGAAAGCGGCGCGGGGACGACAACCGGCGGCGCUAGUACUAGCCGCAGCAGCAGCAGCGCAGGCGACCGCGGUUCCAUCAUCCGCGGAAGCGAUUGCGGCAGCAACGACUGUGGUGGUGGUACGGAGAGUGUUCCGCCGGGGAAGAGGAGGUCGCUGCUGGGAAAGCCGGUACUAGUCCCGAACCUGAUUGUGGCUCAGGACGGGUCGGGAAACGUCACUAACCUCCAGGACGCUGUGAGGAUCAUCAACAGUGAUAUGAGCAGGACAUGGUACAUAGUGCAGUUGAAGCCGGGGCGCUAUGUGGGCAACGUGCAGGUGGAGCGGGUGAAUGUGGUGCUGCUGGGCAGCGGUGCAUGGCGGACGGUCAUCACAGGGAACCGCAGCAACGGCGCUGGCUUCAAUACAUGGGAUACCCCCUCCUUUGCUGCAGCGGGAAACAACUUUGUGACGAUGGGCAUUCGCUUUGAGAACACUGCACGGCCUCGCAUGGAGGCUGCAGUGGCAUUCCGAUCAACCGCGGACAGAACCAUUGCGUACCGCUGUGUCUUUUCUGGCUUCCAGGACACACUCAACGCGCAUCAAGGCCGGCAGUACUACCGCAACUGCGUCAUCUUUGGCCACGUGGACUUCAUCUACGGCCGCCGCGGCGCGGCCGUCUUUGACCGCUGCCGCAUCGCUCCCAUCCCGCGCCCGGGGCAAACCAGCCCUGCCAUCAUCGCCACGCACGGCGGAGAAUCACUCUCAUUACGUGAAGGCGGGUUCGUCUUCUACCGGUGCAUGGUUGCCGGAGUCACUCCGGGCACUUUCUGCCUCCAUGUGGACUCUCUGCGCCUCCCGCUCGCCACCAAGAUCAACAGCGACGACCAGAUGGUUCUGGAGGAGUUGGUGGGCGCGUGGGGCGACUUCACGGGAUCCGACACGUGGAAGGACUCUGACAAGAAGUGCGACCACUACGUGGGCAUCAAGUGCGCCAACAACGGCUACGUCAUCAACAUGACGAUCGCGGACGCAGGCGCGUCGGGAGCCAUCGGCGUGCUGACGAAGCUGCAGAGCCUCAAGUACCUUGACCUCUCUGGCAACGACAUCACCGGGUCCGCUGCCUCGCUCUCCAAAAUCACUGCUCUCUCGUACAUAGACGUGUCAGGCAACAGCAACCUGAACACGGGGUUCUCGUCGCUCACCAACCUCAAGCGGCUCAAACACCUGGACAUCGCCGACACAGGCUACGAGGGCUCCAUCUCCACCUUCGUCUCCAAGCUCACGGCCCUCACUCGCCUCGACAUGAGCUCCAACUUCCUCACUGGAUCCAUCCCCAACUACCUCAGCACUCUCAAGAAGCUCGUGUACCUCGGGCUGUCAGCCUCGGGGGAGGACGGGCUCAAGGGGACCCUGCCCUCCGGCCUGGGGAAGCUCACCCGCCUCAACGAGCUCUACCUGCAUCGCAACGGUCUGAGCGGGCCAGUCAGCGUGCUCACCUCCCUCACCAAACUCAACCGCCUGCUACUUGGCGACAACAACUUCAACGGCUCCUUCCCUCAGGGCUUCUCCAAUCUCAAGAGCCUCAACUACCUGAGCAUGCGCUACAACGCAUUUGAAGGGCGCGUUCCCAAUGUCAUCAGCACUCUUAAAAAGCUCACUUACCUCUCGCUGUACAACAACCGGUUCAAGGGCAUUAUUCCCCGCACCAUCACCUCUCUCACCAAGCUCAGCAACCUCCUUCUGCAGGACAACUUCUUUGAUGGCUACGUGCCCUCCUUCUCAUCCCUAAAGAAGCUCACCGAAGUGGACCUGAGUGCCAACUACUUCACCGGGCCUCCUCCCAGCUUCUACAAGGCCCCUACCACGCUCAACCUCGACGACAACUACUUCUUUGGUUCUUCCCUGCCCAAAGACAAAAACGGUGAUACUAUCUGUGCGGCGUCUCUCGCCAAGAACUGCCUCACCAUUCCUUCCUCGUACAGCUGCGGCACCAAGCCGUCGCAGAGGACUGCUGCUGCGUGCAACAAGUUCUGCGGCACUUCUGGGAACGUGCAGUGUGGUGGCGUUCGCAUUGGCAUCUGCUACCCGUCGGCUAAGGUUGUGGAGACCAGCGGGAGUACCAUCGAUCCUGGAUGCCUUUGCGCCAAUGGGUGGAAGGUGUCUGGUGAUAAGCAGAAGUGCACCAAGACAAAUGUUGACAAUGGGCAGUAG